UCUGGCCCGUAUGAAUGCGAAGUUCGAACCACCACUUCACUUUGUUUUCCAUUUCAUUUCUUUCUGCUUCAAAUUUUGGCGCUCUACAAUUCCGUAAGCAACAGUUAUUGAAUUUGGAAGCUUGAUUUCUCAAAUCGCGCGCUAUACAAUCAGAGAAUAGUAAAUCAGUCAUCAACAUGGAGGAGAAAGAUACUCAAAUAGCAAGGAAGCGCAAGAUGGACAGUAUGGAGCAUGAAAGAAGUGAGGAAAGAGGUGAAACAGAUGAACAAAAUGAAGAAGAAGAAGAAAGUGAGAUGAACUUCUCUGGGUCUGAAGAGAUGAGGCUUGGCAUUGCUCGCAUUCUUGAGAAAGUUGAGGCUUUUAAUCAACAGGUUUCUGAGAUGCUGGAAUCUGGCAAGUCACUGUUUACCAAGCUGAACCAGGACUUCGAAGAACGAGUUCUCAUGAUCCACAAGGAGCAGAUCGAGAAAUGGCAGGAAGAGAUAAAAGAGCUGAGGAUGAUCGAUACAACGAACGAGGAAAUGCAUGCUCGUCUUAAUAAUGUCAAAUGCCUACUUCAAACUGUUCAUAUCGGCCAGUGAAAAUUCAGCUGUGGACUAGUUUCAAAACCUUGAUCCAUUGUGCUUUCUACUGUGAGUCAUAGAUUUGCCUGAAAAACUACAAAAGCUGUUGAGAAAUGUAUAAAACCUUCGAAAUUCGGUAUGAUUCUGUUAGUUGUAUAUAGUAUAUGAUAUGCAUCAUUAAAUGAAAAUCUGUCAAAAAAAAGUACACUAGAUACAGACAUUCUUACAGAAAAAUAAAUAUUGUUCCUCAUAUUUUUCACUUUUAAACCUCUAAA